GAAAAGCCAAGGAGAGGUAUGCAGUUUCAGUUUGAUUGCCACCGAAGUUGGAAGGGACACAACUCCCUGGCCGUAGAAAAGGCGGACGACGGUGUGGAGGUGGAAGCAAGAGCUUCUAUGGAAUGUCAAUAACAGAAAGGAUGAUCUGGAGGCGGGUCUGAUGCUUCUUUCUGUGUCAAAAAGAGAUCAUGUUGUAUCCACCCUCCUCAUGUACAAAUGCAU